GAACGUAAUUAAAAAUUGACCAUGUAAAUAGUUAAUAUGCAACUUAAAAUGAUAUGCAUAAAGUACAAAAUAAGAUGUGAGAUGAUUAUUUUAUUUUAUCAAUUGAAAACGAGAAUGAGUGAUUAUACUUUUUUUAAUAAGUGAUUGUAUAAAUACCAACAGGAUACAUAUAACAUACUCAUAUGACAUGUCGAGAACUAAAAUUUAGAAGACAUUUACAUUCUUCACGCAAUCAGCGUAAAAAACUCACCCAACCCUGAACACGUUUCUUCGUUCUCGCGAGAUCUCGCCAUGUUUCUACUCAUAAAUUGCUCCAACUGCAGAACCGCAUUGCAACUCCCUCCCGGCGCCCGAUCGAUCCGAUGCGCAAUUUGCCAGGCCGUGACUCAAGUCGCCGAUCCACGCGCCGUCCCGCCUCCGCAGGUUUCCAAUCACUGGCCGGCUCCCGGUCCUCCGUCUUCCUCCGCUCCUUCUCCGUACAACCACGCUCCUCCUGGCCCUCCGCCCAAUGUGCACGGCCGGAAGAAGGCUUUGAUCGUCGGCAUAUCUUACCGGAACUCCAGACACGAGCUCAAGGGAUGCCUCAACGACGCCAAGUGCAUGCGAUACCUUCUGAUCAACAAGUUCCAGUUUCCAGAAUCUUCUAUUCUUAUGCUCACUGAAGAAGAGACUGAUCCCUAUAGACGUCCUACCAAAGCCAACAUGCGAAUGGCUCUAUUCUGGCUUGUACAAGGAUGUCAACCUGGAGAUUCUUUGGUAUUUCACUAUUCUGGGCAUGGGUCAAGGCAAAGGAACUACAAUGGUGAUGAAAUUGAUGGAUACGAUGAAACAUUAUGUCCUAUGGACUUUGAAACUCAAGGAAUGAUAGUUGAUGAUGAAAUCAAUGCAUCAAUUGUCAGACCUCUUACUCCUGGAGUUAAGCUUCAUGCGAUAAUAGAUGCAUGCCAUAGUGGAACUGUCUUGGACUUGCCUUAUCUUUGUAGAAUGAACAGGACUGGUCAAUAUAUGUGGGAGGACCAUCGCCCCCGUUCAGGUAUUAUGAAAGGAACUAGUGGAGGUGAAGCGAUAUCUUUCAGUGGUUGUGAUGAUGACCAAACCUCUGCUGAUACAUCUGCUCUAUCUAGAGUUACCUCAACUGGUGCCAUGACUUACUGCUUUAUUCAAGCCAUUGAGCGUGGGCAUGGAACCACUUACGGCAGCAUAUUGACUGCAAUGAGGAAAGCCAUCCAGGAGGCAGGUGGAGGAGGAGGCUCCGGAAGCGACCUUGGUGGGGGCAUUGUCACGUCCCUCCUAACCAUGCUUGUGACAGGCGGCAGUUUUAGUGGUGGAUUUAGACAGGAGCCACAGUUGACUGCAUGCCAGACAUUCGAUGUUUAUGCAAAGCCUUUCUCCUUGUGAAGCCAAAUAGUACUACUCAUUUGCCAUCCAUAUUGGUGUUGCCAUUGUUGGGAGCUCUCUCUUGUGGGCAUUGUUUAUAAAUUCUUCAAAGGAUUCCCAUUGUUGUAGUUAUGGAAUUGUGUAGUUUUUUUUUUUGUGAGCAGUCUUGUUCUGUAUCAGUCAUUUUUAUGUAACGUUGGCUAUAUUUGUUGCCAUAGAAAGAAGUGUAAUUCACUUGGUUUUGUUUAACUCUUUCUAAUUUUUUUUUUCUAACCCUACUGUUGUGGGAUUCAACUG